AUGAAAGUACGCCUUCUUCAAGGCGCGAUGAAAUUGGGCAUGGCACCCGCCGGAAGUUAUCGUGUCCGCCAAUCAUCGAUCAAGUUGGCCGCAAAGCUCCUGACCUUGAGGGGCCGCUAG